GUAUUGAUUCCAGAAGGGGAAAAUCGCGGAUUGCAGAUAAGUGUGGUCAUGGCUGUUGGUUGGCUCGGAACCACCACCACCACCACCAAACCUGGCGCAGUCGUGCUGUGAAAAAAGACGGUAUUGUUGUGCGAUCCUUUCCAAAAAAAAAGAACACGAUCUUCGCGAAAGUGCACACAAGUGUUACACACUAAUAUCCUUAGAAUAAAAGAAAGAAUAAGAAAAAGGUCAAACGCGAAUCGAGACGAAAGAACAAAAGGAGAAGAGAAAAAAAAGGUCAGCGAGUCGUGCCAGCUAACCUGACCUGUGACCUGCUCCAUUCAUCGCAAAAGCCGCAGCACCGCGUGUAUAUCAACAGGAAAAGGACCAACAAUGCAUGUGCUGGGAACUGUUGUGCUCAUCCUGGUGUCAGGGGGCCUCUGCAUGUCACAAGACCAAGCUGACAAGACCAACAACAACAUCCAGACUCAUGAUUACUGCAUAAUUGGUGCAGGACCAGCAGGUCUGCAACUUGGCUACUUCAUGGAACGUGCUGGCAGGGACUACAUUAUUUAUGAGCGCAACAAUGUUUCAGGGAGCUUCUUUGCUAAAUACCCCAGACACAGGAAGCUCAUCAGCAUCAAUAAAAUAUCCACUGGGAGAACCAAUCAUUUGUACAAUGAAAGGCAUGACUGGAACUCUUUACUGUCUGAUGAUGACUCUUUGCUGUUCAAGCACUACUCCAAAGAAUUCUUCCCACCAACUGAACCUCUAUUGGACUACCUUGAGGACUACAGGAAAAAGCUGGGGAUCAAAGUCCAGUUCAACACAGAAGUGAAAAACAUGCGCAGGGUUGCCAAUGGAGAGAGGACUGAUGGGUACAACUUCAUCAUGAAUGACCAAGAGGGGAAGACCAUGUUGUGCAAGGUAGCCAUUGUAGCAAGUGGAAUGCAGAAAAGCAACAUGGUGUCCUUCAAGGGAUCUGAGUAUGUGGAGAACUACUCUGAGUUUGACACUGACCCACAAAAGUACUGGGGGAAAACUAUCCUCAUCCUUGGAAGAGGCAACUCUGCUUUUGAAACUGCUGAUGAAUUGUACAAGGUUGCCAACUUUGUGCACAUGGUAUCCAGGACCAGAGUCAAGCUGAGCUGGAAUACCCACUAUGUUGGGGAUGUAAGAGGACUUAAUAAUGCCAUAGUGGACACCUACCAGCUCAAGUCCUUGGAUGGUCUGUUGGAGUUUGAUGUGAACAGAUUGACAUUGUCAAAGAAAAAUGGCCGCCUAUAUGCAGCAGUCAACUGGGGUGACAAGUACAAUGACACCAGCCUGUACCCCAGGGUUAAACCCCAGAGUGAGGACAACUUUGCCAAUUUUCCAUUCAGGUCACCCUAUGACCAUGUCAUCAGCUGUUUGGGAUGGAAGUUUGAUGGAUCCUUCCUGCAUGAAGACUCUCAGCAGAUUCCAUUUGGAAAAGCCCCAAAAUACCCAGCCAUUAGGUAUGAUUAUCAGUCAUGGGUGACCAGAGACUUGUACUUUGCUGGCACCAAUUCCCACUCUGUGGACUUCAGGAAAGCAGCUGGUGGCUUCAUUCAUGGCUUCAGAUACACUGCCAGAGCAUUGCACAAGAUCCUGGAGUACAGAUACCAUGGAAUCCCUUGGCCCGCAAAAACUUUCCCUGUGACGCAACUGCUCAACAUGUUGGUCAAGAGGAUUAACGAGGCCCCAGGCACUUAUCAAAUGGUUUCCUUCCUGGGAGAUGUUGUCAUUCUCAAAGGGGACACCUUCCUGCUGCUGGAGGAAUUCCCAGUGAAACUCUUGCCCCACUUUUUGGACAUAACUGGUCAAACUGGGUCUAAAUUUUUGGUGAUCAUCAAUGAGUAUGGUCCUGGUUUCUCAGCACCUGAUGUUGACACCCUGGGGCCUUACAGGGCCAUCACUGGUGGAGCCAUGGAGGCUCACAACUCAAAUUUCUUACAUCCAGUGGUCUACUUCUAUGAUGGCUGGUUGCCCAGUGAGGAAGAUUUCAGUGCUCUGCCAACUGAGACCUGGAAGUUUGCCCUGCCCAAGCCAGAUAAAGUGCACCAUGUUGUUGAGGACUUCUUGUCAAUGUGGACUGCAAGCACUGUGCACAUUCUGCCCAUAAGAAGAUUCUUGGAGGAUGUUCUUGGUCAAGACAUGAGACUCUAUUUCAACAGUCACUGCUUUGAACUGGGUCUGAAUUUUGCUAAUGUUCCAGCAGGCUGCAAAGCUUACCUCCAGGGCCAGGGAUUGGAUAUGACUUUAGGAGAUGCUGUGAACAUUGUCAACUACAUGCAAGGAACCACAGAAAAGCUUGGAACUGGGCUACCAAAGUGCCACAUGGAAGAAGACAAGCUCAAUCACAAUGCAAUCAACAGAACAGAAUUGCUCCAGAAGAGACUCAAUGAUGUUUACAAGAGCCAGAACUCUUUGUUUCCUCAUGAUUUUGUCAGUGAUGAAGAGGAAGUUGAGGCAUUCAGGUUCAUCUAUGAUGACUCAGUGCCAGAGUCUCUACUUGAGGAUGAUGAAGUAAGGAGCCUUUGGAGAUGGUCAAGGAGUGUCAUUGCUCAUCAAGCAGCAGAGUACCCUUUUGUGAAGCUCACAGAGGCAAAUUACAAUAAACAUGUCACAGAAAUGGCCUUUGGAAUAGUUCUGUUUGGAGUUUCAUUUGAUCCAGUUUCAAGAACAACUGAGGAGUAUUUGAGUGACUUGGUGGCAGAAUAUGCACAAAUGUCUGGCACUAAAAAGCCCCUGAUUGCUGUGGUUGAUUGCUGGGACUGGACCAGGAUUUGUGAGAAGGCCAUGAUCACUGAGUAUCCCACCAUUAAGCUUCUGAAAAAUGGAGACUUCAAGCCAUACACCAGCCAAAUUUCCAAGCCUGCUUUAAGGACUGCACUGAAAUUAAUUGCCAUGAACUUCCCUGUGAGACUGAAUAGUGUAGCAGAGGUUGACAAGUUCCUGUCUGAUGCUCACAUGGUUGAUGUUGGAGUUGAAUCUGCAGUGGUUCUCUCAUAUCCUCAGCUCUAUUCAGCUGACAGGGAAUCAUUCAACUUUCUUGAUGAUCUCUAUGGAAAAGUGCCUGUGGCAAUUUGCUGCAACUCCAGUGCCAGGCACGAGGAAUUCUAUGCAAAAUAUGGGAGGUCACUUGGCCUGAUGCAUUCCAGGAAGGAACCAUGGGCAGUCAUUGCCCACUCUGCAGACACAUACAUGGACCACAUGGAAAAGGCCUCUGUUUUACCACCAAAGAAUGCUGUUGCUAGCUUCUUACAAGACCAAACUUUGCCAAUAUUUGUGAGCUAA